CGCACCGCCUCUGCCACCUCUGCAGAUUCCCCCGUCUCCCUCUUCCCCUCGGCUGCGCUCCCCCUGGUCCUCUCUCCUCCCGGCCUCCGCCUCGCCUCCCGCUCCCUCCUGCGUCCCCGGCCUCCCCCUGCUCCCCGUCCCCCGCCGCCCGCAUCACAGCCCUCUACUUUCGCUCCCGUGCUUCCCGGCGCCCGCCGCAUCCCCGCGUCGGCCCGGCCGCCCGUCCCCCGGCGCCUGCGAGCCCCGGGCCGCCCAUGAUGGGCUCUGUGCUCCCGGCGGAGGCCCUGGUGCUCAAGACGGGGCUGAAAGCGCCGGGGCUGGCGCUGGCCGAGGUCAUCACCUCCGACAUCCUGCACAGCUUCCUGUACGGCCGCUGGCGCAACGUGCUGGGAGAGCAGCUCUUCGAGGACAAGAGCCACCACGCCAGUCCCCGGACAGCCUUCACCGCCGAGGUCCUGGCGCAGUCCUUCUCCGGCGAGGUGCAGAAGCUGUCCAGCCUGGUGCUGCCGGCCGAGGUGAUCAUCGCACAGAGUUCCAUCCCCGGUGAGGGCCUCGGCAUCUUCUCCAAGACGUGGAUCAAGGCAGGCACGGAGAUGGGCCCCUUCACCGGCCGAGUCAUCGCCCCAGAGCGUGUGGAUAUCUGCAAGAACAACAACCUCAUGUGGGAGGUGUUCAACGAGGACGGCACAGUGCGCUACUUCAUCGAUGCCAGCCAGGAGGACCACCGCAGCUGGAUGACCUACAUCAAAUGUGCACGCAACGAGCAGGAGCAGAACCUAGAGGUCGUCCAGAUUGGCACCAGCAUCUUCUAUAAGGCCAUCGAGAUGAUCCCUCCUGACCAGGAGCUACUGGUGUGGUACGGGAAUUCACACAACACCUUUCUGGGGAUCCCUGGCGUGCCUGGGCUAGAGGAGGAGCAGAAAAAGAACAAGCAUGAGGACUUCCACCCGGCGGACUCGGCGGCGGGCACCGCGGGCCGCAUGCGCUGCGUCAUCUGCCAUCGGGGCUUCAACUCGCGCAGCAACCUGCGCUCGCACAUGCGCAUCCACACGCUGGACAAGCCCUUCGUGUGCCGCUUCUGCAACCGCCGCUUCAGCCAGUCGUCCACGCUGCGCAACCACGUGCGCCUGCACACGGGCGAGCGUCCCUACAAGUGCCAGGUGUGCCAGAGCGCCUACUCGCAGCUGGCCGGCCUGCGCGCCCACCAGAAGAGCGCGCGCCACCGGCCACCCAGCGCCGCGCUGCAGGCUCACUCGCCCGCGCUGCCCGCGCCGCACGCGCCCGCGCUCGCCGCCGCCGCCGCCGCCGCGCACCACUUACCGGCCAUGGUGCUGUAAGCGC